UAUCAGAUUUAUUUAGGGCUCAGACAUUCCCCUAAAAAGCACCAGUGGAAAAGCAAACAAGAAAAAAAAAACAUAGCAAUCAAAACCCAUCAAGUGUGAAAGUACGUGCUAAUGCACGUAAGAUCUUGUCUGAAUACAAACAGUGGGCGAGUCAGUGUUCGGUCCCCCCCUUGUGAGGGGAGUGGAAACAACAAAGGCACCCCCUGCAGUAGUAGAGAUCUAAUACUGGCACCCAUAAGCAGCUGGCAGGCUGCCUUCUGUAAUUUUAGCGCACACGGAUGCGGAGGAAAGGUUUAAUGGGCAUUGGUGGACAUGCCCCCCUCGCGAGGGCGUAAAGACAUCAGAGCGGAGAGGAGAGGGAGAAUGGGGAGGUGAGACGCAGACAGGAAGGCUGAGAGUAAAGAGUGGGCUGCUUUUGCUUCACGAAUCAAGUCGGGCAACUAUGAGCAGUAGCAUGAGUCCUCGAGCACAUGGACUCUAUCUGACUCUGUGCUUUUGCUAUGGCCUGGCGCACUCGUCUUUCCGGGACAGCUUUAGUUCUUUCCCAGCAGUGCUCACUCCCCAGGAGCAGCAGCGGAGGUUGAACCCAUGCUGUUUAGUGAGUCCGCCUCCACCUCCCCUAUUCCCUCCACCCCCUUCACUUUGGCGCCGCCACAUUCAUGAUAGUGAUUCAGGCUCCUCAUCUGAAAGUAAAGGUUCCUACUGUGCCCGUGGGCCCCCCGGACCUACUGGCCCCCCUGGACCUCAGGGUCCACCAGGAUUACCAGGUAUUGGAGGAUCCAAGGGAGAAAAGGGAGAAAUCGGAAGACCUGGACAAAAGGGUCGGACUGGUCCCCCUGGACUCCCCGGAAAGCAGGGACCAGUUGGAUGGCCAGGAUCAAGUGGGCCCAAAGGAGAGAAAGGUGAUACUGGCCUAAUGGGUUUACCCGGCGGGAGAGGAGCAAUUGGACCCAGGGGUUUACCUGGGUAUAAGGGUGAAAAGGGUUCACGAGGCGAACAUGGCAAGGGUGGCUCCAAAGGUGACAAAGGGGCAAUGGGAUUCCCCGGAAUGCUGGGACAGAAAGGUGAAAUGGGUCCAAAAGGAGAACCUGGUGUUUCAGGAAACAGAGGACCCACUGGUCGACCAGGCAAGCGAGGCAAACAGGGAGUGAAAGGAGAGUCAGGCAGUGGCGGUCCCAGGGGACCUGCAGGUCCACAGGGAUCUCCCGGACUUCCUGGUCCUCCUGGUCCUCCUGUCACAGGACUUCACAUGGUUGGAACCAAAGGUGCUCGCGGGCCCCCCGGGCAGCCUGGACAGUGUAGCUGCAGCUCUCUCAGUGGUUCUCUAUUAGAAAAUUAUCACUCCAAAGGAAAGCCUCAAAAUCUCAAAGUACCCGCGAUCUUUGUGGUGAGCAACGAGGAGGAGCUGGAGCGUCUCCACACAGAGAACGCUUUUGCAUUCCGUAAAGAUCAGAGGUCUCUCUAUUUCAAAGACACUGUUGGCUGGUUUCCAGUUCAGACUUUACCAUUCCAGAUGACGGCGUUCCAGUCGAUGGAGAACCCGCCUGACGACGACGGUUACUGCGGCGACGGCAUCGUGCAGCGCGAAGGCGGCGAGGAAUGUGACGACCGGAACAAAGUUGUCACUGACGCCUGCGUCAAGUGUAAACAUGCCUUCUGCGGCGAUGGAUAUCGCCACGAGGGCGCGGAGGAAUGCGACGGCAAAGACUUUGGCUACCAGACGUGUCAUUCAUAUCUGCCGGGGUCAUACGGCCACCUGAAGUGCACGUCGUAUUGUGUUAUCGAUUCCACAAACUGCAAGUACUUCACCUGAGCUGAAAGCUGGACAUUGCGUCCAGAUCCUUUUAUGCGGGGGAACACAAACUGGGAAUAUACUUUUCACGCCAAACAAAAGAACAAAGACAGGGAAGACGCGGUAGAUGAACUGAAAGCGAAGCAUAUACUGUAGAUAACUCCCGUGUACUUGCUGCCGCAUUGAAUCCCUCGGAGCGUUGCUAUUGUAGGUGGGAGGGGAAACUUUUCACCCACACGUCGGAAACAGCAAGACAGCUUCGCACCACCUUAACCAGCCGGAUUUAAGUCCGGCUUCCUCAUCACGUCUACGUGGGCACAAAUCCGUGUGUGAGGGCAACGGAUGCGUGCCAGCCGUGCUGAGAGACUUUGCCACGGGCAUCAUAAUCUUUACCCAGAUACUAUCGGAAGAAAAAAAAAAAAAAAACAACACGCACACACACCAAAAAAACUGAGAGCUGGGCCGACGCCUCUGGUAUUGUGCCAGCGCAGCAGCAUUUGCAUGAGGCUGGCCAUCAUCAACAAGCAUGUAUCACUUGACCUCUUACCGGUUUCCACUUUGUACUCUUAACCUCACAUUAACAUAAGCAGGGAUGUAAGUCAGUAAAUAAUGUUCUAGCGCUUUUCCAAACGAGACUGUUACACACCGCACCGGCGACACAGGUGGUGCUUCUGGACUCAACACACACAUUUGGUCACAUAUCCAAGAACAACUCAGGAACAAGCAGGUCGCGUCAAGUCUCACAAGGAUCCACCUUGGUUUGGAGAGGCACACAGGAAGCUCAUGGGGGGG